AUGUAUUGCGUGCGCAGAUCUAUGAAUGAAGACGGACUGCACUUUAUGGUGCCACAAAAACCGAGGCCCUUUAGAAAAUACUCCGACGGAUAUACGGAGCGCAAUAUUUACUACGCCCCCCGACCCUUUCACUUCCUCUACGGCGACAACCUGCGUUGGAGCGAGACUGCGUUACGCAAGCGCCUCGGCCAGAGCGAGACAGAGGAUUCAUUCAUAACCGAGUCCGCCAUCCGGUCCGCGUUCUGGUCGAUCACUUCAUCUCCUUCUAACGCGCAGUCUCCUCUCGAGUGCGAGCAGGUGAUACCGGAUGCUUAG